AUGGUCGACCAACCACCAAAAUUUUGGUCAUUUUUAGGUUGUCAUGGAAAUAAUAGUGCAAAUAAUAUAUUAGCACCACCUAACCCUACCAAAGAAAAUAAUAAUAGUAGCAAUGGUAGUAUUAAUGGAUAUGGUGGCAAUACGAAUAAUUUAGAUUCAACAACACUAAAUGUUACAUUAGGUUCAGAGAUGAAAUCAAUUACAGUACCAAAAUCAUCGACAUAUAAAGAUAUGAUAUCAACGAUAAAGGAUAAAUUUGGUGUAAAUUCAAAAUCAACACUUUGCAUUAAAUGUGAAAAUAAGGAUGGUGAAAUGUUUUCCUUGGCAUCAGAUUGUCAUGUAAAGAAAGCAUAUAAUCAACAACCUGAAAAUCAACCAAAAGAAUUAAGAUUAGUCGUUAAAGAAAUACCGCAAAAAAAGUGCGAUAUGUUUCAUAAUUCAAUCUUAUCUUUUUUUUCAAACUGUAGUUCAAGUAAUUCGAAUACUAUAGCUCAAAACUAUACAUCUACCCAACCACCACCAGCAUCACAAUCUAGUUUACAACACUUGGCAACUCAACCAGUUCCAGAUUAUUUAAAACCAAGUAAUAACAAUAAAUCCGAUUUUACGCCACCAACUUCAUCAUCACCUUCUUAUCUUACUUCAAAUAAUAAUAUAAAUAAUAAUAAUAAUAAUAAUAAUAAUAAUAAUAAUAAUAAUAAUAAUAAUAAUAAUAAUAAUAACAACAAUAAUAAUAAUAACAAUAAUAAUAAUAAUAAUAAUAAUAAUAAUAAUUUAAACUCAAAUAUUGGUACCAGUACCAACAACACAAAUAAUAUAAAUUUAAGAUUUUCACUAUUCCAAAUGUCAAACUCUAGUACAAAUAACAUAAGCAAUAUUAAGAAUAUGGGAAUCAAUCAAAAUAUAAAUAAUAGUUUAAAUAGAGGUUUCUUUGCAAAAAAUAAUCAAACCUCUUUAUGCAUGGGUAGCCAUAAUUCCAAUCUUAAUAAUAAUAAUAAUAAUAAUAAUAAUAAUAAUAAUAAUAAUAAUAAUAAUAAUAAUAAUAAUAAUAAUAAUAAUAAUAAUAAUAAUAAUAAUAAUAAUAAUAAUAAUAAUAAUAAUAAUAAUAAUAAUAACAAAAUUUCAACAUCACCAAAACAAUCAAAUAUUUUACCACCAAUUAAUACAAAAUCAAAUAAUAAUAAUGGCAUUAAUAAUAAUUUAUCACCAUCACAACAACAACAUCAAUCACAACAAAAAUUAAAUACAACAUUACAACAUGUGACAUCAAACCCACAAUUAAAUAUGUCAACUUCAUCUUUUAUGACAUCAGCGUCAAUGAAUUCUAAUAUUGGAUCUGAUACAGAAACAAUGAAAAGAAAUGAAUCAUUUGAUUUUAAUAUGGUAAUGGAGGAUGAUAGUUCUGAACCACAAUCUCAAUCCUAUCAACAAAACCAAUCAAUUAUUAAUAAUGGCACUUGUGCAUUGUUAAAUCAAAACCUUAAUGAUGAAGUUGAAUUCGGAGAUGAACAACAACAACAAGAAAAACAAAAAAUUAUAAAUAAUGGUAAACCACCAACAUCAACUCCAAUGUGUAGAGAGGUCGGUUCAUUCAUUCAAGAUACAACCAAAUUGUUUUACAAGUUACGUCAAACUUCUGAUCCAAAGGAAAUGUCAGCUAUUAAAGAAUUAAUUUGCGAAAAGAUUCAAGAUAGUUUGACCACAAUGCCUUGGUUAUUAGGUUUCUUCCCACAACUAAAACAAUUUGCAAAUCAAUCAUGUCCAGUUUUCAAUGUUCCUCCAAAUACACCACCACCAUCACCUUUAAUGACUUCUCCACUAUUGGAAAUGUAUCAAAACCCAACAUCAACUUUUAAACCAUCAUCAUCAGUAUCAUCAUCCUUAUCAUCUUCAACCUCUUCUACCACCACCACAACAAAAACAUCAUCAACAGUUAACCAAGCUAGCGUAUAUCAAGUUUCACCAAAUGUAAACAUUAAUUCAAUACAAUCACAAUUACAAUUACAAAAUAAAAUUGAGGUCGAUAUGAUUUCAAAAGCUUACCAAGAAUCAAAGAAAAACCAAAAAAUAAUCAAUGAACAACAACAACAACAACAACAACAAAGACCAAUCGACUUCUCAUCACAGCAAUCUAGUGCAAAUACAACCACCGAUGAAGAUAGUAGUUGCAGUAAUAGUAAUAAUAACAAUAAUAAUAAUAGUAAACACUUUUUAAAGAUAGCAGGACCAACAAUUCAUAAAGGUACUACCUGUGCAUUUUGUAAAUUCUCACCAAUCAUUGGCAACAUUUAUGAAUGUAAUAGUUGUUCUUAUGCAUUCUGUGAAUUGUGUAAAACCGAUUCUGCCCUCCAAUGUCCUUCCAAUGAUCCAACUCAUAAGGUUCAAAUGUCAUCCCUCUCAAAACAAUGUAAAAAACUACUCAAAUCCAAAGCCUCACAAACCGGUUCAUCUAGUGUAAGUGCAUCACCUAAUCGUGGUUGCCCAUACAAGAGAAAGCAUCCAAAGCCAACCUUUGGUGUCAAGUUUCUAAAUGAUAUUACACUUUUCUUUGGCUCAGAAGUUCAUCCAAAUGAAUGUAUCGUCAAGACUUGGAGACUCUUAAAUACUGGUCCAACCCUUAAAGAUUGUCUAUUGGUUCGUGUUUGUGGUAAUACUCGUCUCAGUAAAGUCCCUGCCAUUUUGAUACCCAUCGUUUCAUCGGGUGAGGAGUUUUCAUUAUCAGUUCCAAUUCAAAUUCCUUUGAUUCCAAAUAAAUGUGAAGAAUAUUUAGUUGGUGAAUAUUGGAGAAUUUGUACCUCUGAUGGUGUUUACUUUGGUGAUCAACUUUGGAUUAGUUUGGUUGUAAAGAAUAGAGAAAUGAUUUCUUUGUCUGAUCAAUUUAAUAAAUUAUCAAGUCAAUGUAAUAGUACCUCACAACAAAAUCAACAACAACAACAACAACAACAACAACAACAACAACAACAACAACAACAACAACAACAACAACAACAACAACAACAACAACAACAACAACAACAACAACAACAACAACAACAACAACAAAAAACUACAACCACAACCUCAACCUCAUGUACAUGUAGAAAUAACAAUUUAAUAAGUUGUAAUUGUCAAGUUAACAAGAAUUCAACAAAUUUCAAUAGUUGCUUAAAUUAA